CAUAUAAAGAAAUCGAAAUAGAUUCCGUAAAUCCGACAUUAAAUGUAUAAAAAUCGUAAAUUGUUUUAUUAGUUGAAAAAAUAAUAUGAUAAAUGAAAACUAACCAAACGCUGUCAACGUUGACAUGUUUUUAAGGUAUUGGUAGCACUGCUUCGUCCCUUGCCCUUCAUUGUUGCUAUUUAGUACCCGGUGUGUUUGCGUUUUUCAUUGCUUCUUGCGUAAAGUUCUACUAUAGAUUUUUAUCAAUCCGACGAGAGUUGUCGACAGAAAUAAUUUAGCGACCAAAAGAAGGCGGAGAGGCUAGCGCAGGAGGUGAAGAUGGAUAAUUUGGAGGAGGUAUUGCAAGCACUUGACGAAUUUCAGAAAGUGCGUCCAAGUGAAAUACCUCGAGAGCUCGAGGAUUAUUUGUGUUGGGUUGCGAAAACAGGUGAUCCUGUUUAUCAGUGGUCGCUGAUCAAAACAUUGUUCAGGGAGAAACUGACACGCGUGAUGACUGAAUUUUACGAAAGUUGUCCGACACUUGACCUAGCACCGUGUCCGAAUGUCGAACAUUUCAAUUAUGACACGAUGAAAAGCAAUCUCCUCGAACGUUUGGAAUCAUUUGCAAACGCCCCAUUUACUAUUCAACGAAUUUGUGAGUUAUUAACAGUACCUCGUAAGGAGUACAACAGGGUUGACAAGUUCAUGAGAGCCAUUGAGAAGAAUAUUUUGGUUGUUUCCACUAGAGAACCUGGACCACUAUCUAGAAGGAACGAGAAUGGUGAUGGUAUGGUUAAUGGAUCUGUAGAUGAAGAUGCAUCUGUAACACAGCCUCCUCAAGAUGUAGAGAUGGAAUAUUGGGAAAAAGAUUGUCCUUCCACAGUUACAAUUAGUGUGCACACUGUUGAAAAUGAAACACCUUUGUUACAUACUGUUGUACCAACCAAUGACAUAAUAAAACACGUAUUUGGUUUCCAAAAACCUUCACAUGAGAAAGUAGAAUCAACAUCUUCUAAGUCCGACAUUGUGGUAUCUAAUUCCUUACCAACUACUUCAGAAUUUUCUGGUGUGUCCAAUUUGAAUUCUCAAGCACAAACACAGGAUUCACAGAUUGGACCUACGAUGCAAAAUUUGUCAACUAUUGUUCCUGAAACUUCUGGAAUUAUUAGUGAUGUUUCAGAAGCAAUUAUGAACGAGGAUACCAGUUCUCAGCCUAGCUUAGAAUUAGAAAAUGAAGGAGGAGAUUCUGUAGACUCCUCAAGGAAAUUGCAAACUACUUUUCAGACUAAAGAUUUCAGUUCAAAUGAGAAUAAAUCAUCGAAGUUUUAUGUAGAUAAUUCUAAAGUGAAUGAAAAGACAGACAUGGAGACAAUGUCGAUACACGUACAAGAAGAUUCAAGUAAAAGUAAUGAUAUAUUGGUUAAGUCAGAUGUUGAAAUCAAAACGGUAUUGGACAACAAAGAAUCGGUUAACCCAGUUGUUGAAAAUCUUUUAAAUACUAAUGAAAAUUUGGAAAGCACGAUAAAGUUAGAUACGGAAGUAGGAAACAUUCAAUCAAUUAUCAAUACAUCUGGUUCAAACAAGGAAACAUUAACUUCAAAAAAUAAUAAUAUGGGAAGUACAUCUACAACAAAUAAUUCAGAACAAUCUACAAAUAAUUUAAUUUUAUCUACUGAUAAUGUAAAUACAGAAGAAACUAUAAAUACAUCAGAAGAUAUGUCUGUAGAUGUAGAGAAUCUAAAGGAACAAAGUAAAGAAGCAGAAUUAAUAAAAGAUUCAAAACCUUUAGUGGAAGAACCAUGUUCUAAAGCUAACGCAAUAAAAAAUUUUAAUUGUAACCAGGAAAAAGAUAAUUUAACUAUCACAGAAACUGUAGAAGAUGAGAACAAGAUGAGAGUGAUGAAGUCCAUAGUACCUGAUCCAAUUCCUAUUGUCGAAGAACCAAGAGACUCAGAAUGUAUUAAUGUAAAGGAAGAUAUCUCACCAAUUGUUGAAAUAACAGAAGAAUCAGAAAAUCAAAAUCCUACGAUAACAUGUCAAUCAGAACACAAAGAAAAAAUGUCUAUUGAAGAUAGUAAUGUAGCGCAAUUACAAGAUAAUAAUGUAACUUCUAUCAGAAAUAAAAUAGAGGAUAGUGACACAGUAAUAGAAAAUGUCAUGAGUAAAAAAGGGCAGGAAGCAGUGGAACUAAUGGAAGUAGAUGAAGAAGAAACAUUAUCCGUAUUUCAACAGGAUGAUGAACCCAUGGAGCAAGAAGCAGUACAAUCAUCUAGAAGUUAAUAACGUGUAAGAAGAAGGUUCUAUUCACUUAUUUUUAAUAUUUGAUUUUUAUUAUAACAGGAAACAUAAAGAAGAACAAAUACUGAAAAAACGAUUGUUUACAUUACAAAAUUUUUUAUUGUAGUUCAAACAUGAUUUAUAUAUGACUUCUCUUAAGUGAUUUGAUACAUAAGUCGUAUAAAGAGAUAUUGUAAGAUUUACAAGAAAUUCUCUGAUCAUAUGUUCUUUACCAUUUCAUUAACUUUAUAAUUACCAUUAAAUCACGUAAAUUUUGGAAUUGUACAGAGAUGUGUUCAUAUGAAUUUCUAAGCUCCUGUAGAAAGCAAAACACUACCUAUUUCCAGAACAUUAUAAUAUUAAUGACCAGUUUUGACCAUGGUUUGGAUUUUAUCUCAAAUUAAUUCAUAAACAAGCUUAACAGUAAAUUUAUGCAGAUAAAGUUUCUACUUAGAAUGUGGCUGUGUUUGUAACGAAGCAUAUAAAAUUUUUACAUGGCUUGUAACAAAUAUAACAUGUGAUAUAAAGAAACAGACAUUUUAAACAUACAUUUUGGUGCUUUGCAAUAUAUUUUACUGGCAAAUAGGGAGCAUAAAUCCAAUCAUUGUGGACUAAAUCAAUUACUGAUCUUACAUAAAAAGAUGUCCCAAAAUUUUAUUAAUUGAGAAAUAAUUCUCAACAUAAAAGAUGCACUGGGUCUUUGAAAUUAAUACUUAUUAGACAUAUUUCUAUAAAGAUGACUGAUCAAUUGUAUUAAACAUAGAUGAGAUCAAACCAUAGAUUCCAUUUAAUGAUUCAAUUUGAAAUUGAUAAAAAAAGAUGCCUUUAUUAUAUACAUCUCCUAUAUAGAAAAGGGUAAAACAUAGUAAGAAUAAAAUGUUUGUCUUUUCUAGUUGGAGAAAUGAAUGAUACUGCUCUCUUUAUGUCUUGCUGUGUUUUCUUAGAAAUGUAAUAAUUGAAUAAUUGUCAAAUAAUACAAAUAUGGCAAUAUUCUCUUUUCUGUUAAAUUGAAGAUUAUAUUAAACUGGCUUGUGUAAUUUAAUAAUCAACCUAGUUUAAUUACAACAACAAUUUGCUUCUGGUCAUAUGUUUUUAUUGAAUAUUUUUAUGCAGACACAAGUCUAGAGAUAGUUCAUCUUAAAAAUAAUUAUAAUAACAAUAUAUUAAUUUAAAUACAACAUAGAUCAAUGAUAUAAGACAUUGAUAUAACUUAAAAUAGCAGUGUACAUUAUUUUAUAGAAAAUAUAUUAAAAAUUAUUACCAAA